AUGGUUGUAGAUGAUGAGACUAUGCCGUUUCCACCGCAGGGAAAUGCCAUAACGCCAGUACAACAUAUGGUUUCAUCAUGCACUGGCGCUGUUUUAACCUCAUUGUUGAUGACUCCGUUUGAUGUGGUGAAGAUUCGCUUGCAGUCGCAGUCGAAGCCAUCUGCAUUUACCAAAGGCCAUUGUUUCCUCUACUGCAACGGUUUAAUGGAUCAUUUGUGUCCCUGUGUCAGCGGCAUGACACCUUCUUCCCAGUGGUAUUAUAGACCUGGCCAUUUCAAUGGAACUUUUGAUGCAAUGGCCAAAAUUGUAAGAAAUGAAGGUCUGACCUCUUUAUGGAGUGGGUUGCCUCCCACAUUGGUGAUGGCAGUGCCAGCCACGGUUGUCUACUUCACCAGCUACGAGCAGAUCAAAUUUGUCCUUGGUUACCAGGAUGGCGUUGUCAGUUACAGCUGGAAGCCCAUGGUGGCAGGGGCUGUCGCAAGAGUGUGGGCAGCGAGUCUCAUCAGCCCAAUAGAGAUGGUGCGCACAAAAAUGCAGUCAACAAAAAUCAACUAUUCACAAGUUCAACAAGCAGUCAAAGAAACUAUCAGAAAAAAUGGGGUGCUGAGUCUGUGGAAGGGCCUGGGCCCCACUCUGUUACGAGAUGUACCUUUUUCUGCCAUGUACUGGACUGGUUAUGAGGUGACCAAGUCCUAUGUUCUGGCUACAAAAGGACAUUCUGAUUUAACCUUCUAUGAGAGUUUUGGUGCUGGAGCGCUAGCGGGAUCUGUUGCUGCUUUGUUGACCUUACCCUUUGAUGUUAUCAAAACUCGGAGACAGAUUGAGCUCGGUGAAGAGAUCAUAGGAAAGUUGAAAGGAUCCACUUCAACUUGGAAAAUUAUCCGGAACAUUUACUCAACAGAGGGCUUCCGAGCAUUGUUUGCAGGUUUGCCCCCAAGGUUACUGAAGGUUGCUCCAAGUUGUGCUAUCAUGAUCAGCACUUUUGAAUAUUUCAAGCGACUCUUUGCAUCCCACAACAGUAGAUCAGAACCAGUUGAUGACCGGUAUGCUCAUACAACUGGCACAGGUGCAUUUUUGAUACCGCUGAAUGCCAGCAAGCCUGAACUGCCCAUUUCGCUUGUGUCCUCAACAGUUGCCUCACCACCGUUGCCUACCACAGAACCAUCACCGGCAGAUGUGUUGUCCACAACUUUGAGCAAAGCUAAUUAA